AUGGGCUUUUCUCUUCUUUCAACACCUGCAUUUCUGGUUUUCUUCUUAUUUUUCACUUCGUUUCUACUUCCUAACCCUGUACUUGGGAUCACCCGGCACUACAAGUUUGAUAUCAAGUUGCAUAAUGUGACACGUUUGUGCCAUACAAAGAGCAUUGUUUCAGUGAACGGACAAUUUCCGGGACCUCGCAUUGUAGCAAGGGAGGGUGACCAGCUUCUGAUAAAAGUGGUCAACCAUGUGUCAAAAAAUAUUUCCAUCCACUGGCAUGGUAUUCGACAGCUUCGAAGUGGGUGGGCAGAUGGGCCAGCAUAUGUGACUCAGUGUCCCAUACAAACUGGCCAGAGCUACGUUUACAACUUCACCAUUGUAGGCCAAAGAGGCACUCUCUUCUGGCACGCCCACGUAUCAUGGCUAAGAGCAACUGUUUAUGGUCCCAUAGUCAUUCUUCCCAAGCGUGGUGUUCCGCACCCAUUUGCUAAGCCUUACAAGGAGGUUCCCAUCAUCUUCGGAGAGUGGUUCAAUGCAGAUCCUGAGGCAGUUAUUAGCCAGGCCCUCCGGACGGGUGGAGGUCCAAAUGUCUCUGAUGCUUACACCAUCAAUGGUCACCCAGGACCACUUUAUAACUGCUCUGCCAAAGAUACAUUCAAGCUGAAGGUGAAGCCUGGAAAGACUUACCUUCUUCGUCUAAUCAACGCUGCACUCAACGAUGAGCUGUUCUUCAGCAUAGCAAACCACUCACUAACUGUUGUUGAUGUUGAUGCUAUUUAUGUUAAACCAUUUGAGACUGGAACACUUCUCAUUGCCCCUGGUCAAACCACAAAUGUGCUUCUUAAGACCAAACCCAGCUAUCCAAGUGCCACAUUCUUCAUGACUGCUAGACCGUAUGUCACAGGCCAAGGAACAUUUGACAAUUCAACUGUCGCCGGCAUUUUAGAAUACGAGUCACCACCCAAUAGCCUUCAUUCAAGCAUCUCAAUUAAAAUGCUGCCCUUGUUUCGACCAAUUCUACCUGCUUUAAAUGACACUUCCUUUGCUACAAAUUUCGUGAGUAAACUCCGUAGCCUGGCCAGUGCACAAUUUCCAGCCAACGUGCCCCAGAAGAUCGAUAAGCAUUUUUUCUUCACGGUAGGUCUUGGAACCAUCCCAUGCCAGCAGAAUCAAACUUGCCAAGGUCCUAAUGGAACCAAGUUUGCAGCUUCAGUCAAUAAUGUAUCAUUUGCCACGCCAACUACAGCACUGCUCCAAGCUCAUUUCUUUGCCCAAUCAAACGGCGUUUACACCCCUGAUUUUCCUAACACUCCAAUAAUUUCGUUUAACUAUACAGGCACAACACCUAACAAUACUAUGGUAAGCAACGGAACAAAGGUAGUAGUGCUUCCUUUUAACGCUACCGUGGAGCUGGUUAUGCAGGACACGAGCAUUCUUGGAGCUGAAAGCCACCCUCUUCAUCUACAUGGUUUCAAUUUCUUUGUUGUUGGCCAGGGUUUUGGCAACUUUGAUCCUAAGAAGGACCCUGCAAAGUUCAACCUGGUUGACCCUAUUGAAAGGAACACUGUAGGUGUGCCAUCAGGAGGUUGGGUGGCAAUUCGUUUUCUAGCAGACAAUCCAGGGGUAUGGUUCAUGCAUUGCCACCUGGAGGUGCACACCAGCUGGGGUUUGAAGAUGGCUUGGAUUGUCUUGGAUGGAAAACUUCCAAAUCAGAAGCUGCUGCCUCCACCAGCAGAUCUUCCUAAAUGUUGAUCAAUAUGACCAACUCCUUGGUCCAUUCUGACCAAAAACCUGCCCGAACCCUCUUUUUUGUUUGUUUGCAUUUUUUUUUUAUUUCAAUCAUUUUGAUUUAUUGACCCCAUUUUUUGGCUUUUGACAUUGGCCUCCUUGUGGAGUUGAGAAAGAAGUCAGGAAUUAAUUUGUUUUUGUAACAUCAACAUUUCAAAAUGUCAACAAAAAGAGGUCUGAAUAAUAUUUCGACAUCCUUUUGUUCAAUCAAUCUAGCCUCUGAAGCAUAUCUGUACCGUGCAACUCCGUCAUAUAAAAUGUAUUUAUUGCAUUUUUUUUUCUACAAUAAUAUCUCUGUAAAAGUCAUAUAUCUCCAUUCCUGGAUGACAUGGUUGCCAACAAAUUGCAGUGCCAAGUAAAUGCUUCUUGGAACCUCAGGAAAAACGUUUUUGUCUUUUAGUGCUCUAAAUUUAAUGCCGAAAGCUCAAACAGCCAAGGAGAAUGAUCCGCAGAAGCAAUAACAAGUCGUAGAAAAAUGUAGCUGAUUGAUCAGCUCAACCUGCUUAUGAUCGAGCGCUGAUACCAA